AUGUACACCCUUAAACCCGAUACAUCCACGACACAAACUCCCAAUGAUGCCUCUACCAUCGUCACUUCGGAUGUCCAGUCGGACGAAAACGCAGCUGCCACCAACAAGACUUCCGUGGUCACUAGAACAGCUCGUAUCGGUCACGCGUACUCCUCCCUCAUUCGAUAUCCUUCUAUGCAUAAGGAGGGCUUCGAGGAUAGCGAAGUAGGCCAGGCCAUCCUCAAACAUUUGCCUCUUUAUGGGCCGAUGUUUGUAGAUUUCGUUUUUAGUGGUGUCACCGACGACACUAUCCUUACGGUGGAGGAGCUGGAUAAGGCAUCCGGGGGCGCCACCAAACUGUCCGACAUAGACGCUAUCAUCAAGCAUGAAUGGCAGGAGGAGGAGCGACGUCGUUUCAUAACGGACCUGGCUAGCGCACCCAUCGGGUCUUCCAAGGACGAGCAGCGCAAAAGAGUGGCUACGCAAAUCAAGAUUGCGGACGAGAUCGGCUGGGGUGGCGUCAAGAUCAAAUCCGAGAAAGAAUUGGGAGAGAUCCUUGGCCCAGACGACAAACUUCAACAGGCUUAUCAGAACAUAAUCACUCCAUACAACCCACGGCUAACCAGCAAGCGACCCGCGGAGAGUGCCCCCCUCGACUCGCCUGCAGCUACAUGA